AUGUUCGACGCACGCGUCUGCAAUGCCACCAACACCGAGAUCACCGACGAGUCGGACUUCUUCUCGGACAAGUCCAUCAACUGGGACGCACACCGCAUCGGCUGGGUCAUCGCCGGCUCCAUGGCCAUCCUCCGCCAGAUCAUCCGGAUCAUCCUCAUGCCCCCCGUAUACGCGGUCAUCUCGUUCUUCAGCUACCGCUUCUUCCGCGCCUUCACCUACUACCAACUCGUCGAGACUGUCUACGAGGCCUUCGCCAUCGGCGCCUUUCUGUUUCUGUUGGUCCAGUACAUCGGCAACGCCCCCGCCUCCCAGCGGCAGAUCCUCGCCAGCGCGCCGAAACGCAGCGUGCCCUUCCCGUUCUGCUUCUGGCGCUACCGGCCCUCCAAGCCCUACUUCUUGCACGCGAUCAAGUGGCUCGUCCUCCAGUACUGCAUCUUCCGCCCCCUCAUCACCAUCGUCGGCAUCAUCUGCGAGGCCAACCAUGUGCUCUGCGCCACCCAGUACAGCGUCUACUUCGCCCAGGUCUAUCUCGAAGCGAUCGACUUCAUCGUCUUCAGUUUGGCACUCUACGGCCUCAUGGUCUUCUACACAGUGACCAAGAUCCACCUCAAAGGCCAAUCCCCGCUGGCCAAGUUCCUGACCAUCAAAGGGAUCGUGUUUUUCACGUUCUACCAGGGCUUCGUCUUCUCGAUUCUCGAGAAACACGGGAUCAUCAAGGGCUCGCUCUACUGGACGCCGACGAACGCCAUGAAGCCGGGACAGACAACGUCCGGAUGGCGCUCGUUCCUCAACUCCCAGAACUACAGCGAUUUCCUGUUCGAGGCGUACAUCUCACUAUGUUUCUUCAAGGACUACGCGUCCCGGAAGCCCUACACACGGUCGACGUCGAAGCAAGCCAAGGCGACCGGGCUGGACUUCGAGCAGGCCUACGCAUGGGCAGACAGCAGCGUCCCCGCCGAAGAGCCCGCCGCCGUCCACGACGACAAAGCCUUCCGGCUCGGGUACAUCCAUUCCAAGAUGGGCUCCGUCGCCGACUCCCAUCAGCCGUAG